GACCCAGGGAACAGUGGGGCCCCCUAUAUGCGGGCAAAUAGCGCGCUGACGGGAGCUAAUGACCAGCAAAUGCCCGGCUCGACAAAUGACACCGAAAAUGCACAUGAUAACGUUUGGUUAAACUUUGAUUGCUUAUUAUUAAUUUAUCAAUCAUGAACAUCUUCAAUAAUUUACUUGAUGUAUUAGACAAGAUGCCCUGGCCAAAAACAACUUCAACACCGAGUUACAGUAAAAAAGAGAUCGCACCGACAGCACCAAAAUAUGAAACCACCUAUAGUCGUACGCGUGCUGAAACGAAGAAGUUGGACGAUAAAAGUGGAGCGUCUCCACUUACAAAAUACAGCGCCUAUAGCUCAGGCUACCAACGAGACAGCACAAAUAGUGGACUUCCAACCCGAACCGACUUGAGCAGAUAUAAAUUAGACAAAAAGGAAACUAGUCAUCCACCAGUAAGUUAUCGUCCAAUAACGAGAACAUCGGCAUCAAGAUCGAGAGAUCCCAGCCCGUCAGAUAGAAGUAAAAGUGAAAGUACUUCCUCAUCAAGUUAUAAUUUAAAUAGAUUAUAUCCUUCGUCGUAUACAAGAUCAGUGAGUAGAGAGAGAACUGAAUCACCUCAGAGUACAAUCCCAAAAUUUACCGGGGGAAGAGCCAAAGAUGAUUUAAAAUAUUCUGUAGGAAAAACUUCGCGUGACGUUUCCAGAGAAGAUUUAUCCUCGCUAGGAUCUCCAACAAGAUACAAAGCGAGUAGUAUUUUAUCGCCGUCUUCGUCUAAAGAAGACAUUAAAUCCCAAAAAUACAUUAAUAGUAGAUUUUUGCCAAAAAACUCCGUAGAAAAAAGUUAUACAGCGUAUUCGCGACCAAGUACAGGGAGAAUUAGCGAAGUAAGCAGGAAAAACCGCGAAAUAUUAAACGUGUUAUCCGCUCAAAACGAAGCCGAAAAAAGCAGACCAGUAAGCAGAAAUUCAAAUCACGAAGAUAUGCGGGAUAAAUCAAGAGAAAUUCCAAAAAUUGAUAUCAUUUCUUAUGAUGAAACAGAAACUAUCACCGUAGUAACAAGGAGUACAUCACCAAAUCCCCCAACACAAAUGGCAAUGGUAAGAACAAGAAGGUUAGAUAACGCAAGAUUAAUAGAAAAGCAAAUAAGUCGACUCAAAAGAAGACCGGAAAUGAUCGAUAAAGAAGUGCAAUCCGAUCGGUUAGACGACUCCACAAAAUCAUCACGAUUUGCUGGCGCAUCCAGAAUCGCGGCACCUUGGUCAUCUUAUUUAGAUUUAAAAUAUUCUAGUCCAAACGAAGAAAAAAAUAAAUCAGAAAAUGAAGAAAAAGCACAAAAAGGAGUCGAUACUCCAAAAAGUUUAUCAAGAAAUAGUUCAGCUAAAAGCAUUUGCACCUCCUCUUCUAAAUCUGAUAUACCAAAAGAACCAAAGAAAAUUACCUCCUUAUGUGAUAAUAAACCAAAAUCGAAAUUAACUCCACCCCGAUCUUUACAAAGUGAUAUUAAAAAACAGUUACCACCACAAAUACCAAAGCUAGAAAACCCAACAAAACCCCAAAGCAGUAAUAUAACAACCCCAAAUAAAGAUUUUAGAAAAUCCGUUUUAAAUAUGAGCACAGAAAAUAAAUUGAGAAAGAAAAAUUCUAAAAGAAGUAACAGCGUUAGUUCUGCAGAUUCUGAUGGAGCUACGUCUGAAGCAACCGAAGUAUCCGAAAAUCUUUCGAGUUGUAUGGUUUUUCCAAGCAGCUCUUUAAGCAAAUUACCCCAAAAAUUAACAGAAGACGACUCCUUAAGAAGUAGAAGAUCUUGUACUAGAUCACCAAGCGUUCCAUCAGACACAUCAUCCGCAGCUACAAGCGGCAGCGAAGAUGAUGGCAAAUCAAAAAUAAAAAAUCGAUUACGAAAAUUUAGCGGCUCAUCACGAUCCUCUUGUAUGGUAUCAGCAUUAGAAGACUUAUCAGAUAAAUCACCUAAACCACCUUUAAGUCCCCGAGUAAAACCCGAAAGUCCAAAAAAUGAAACAGAGGCAAAAUCAUUUUUAAUGCGAGCUUUGGCCCCGGUAACAAAUUUUUUUAAACCAAGACAAGAUUCUAGUGAUAAAUUAAACUGGAUGGACAACACCUGUGAUAACGUAUCAGAAAUUAGGUCGGAUAGUUCCAGUAGCAAUUUAAAAAGUGACAAUAAAAUCGAAGAGCAAAGAAUUCCCGCACAAAUUGAAAUAUAUCGCGUUGAACCAAACGUUUUUGAUUUUGAACCCGAAGAAAUCAAAGAAGAAUUGAAAGUUCCUAAAGUGCUGUAUAGAAUUGAAUCUGGGGAAAAGGCGUGGUGGUUACAAGAUUAUUCAGAUGAAGGUGAAUUAAAAGAAAAACACGAAAAAAAUGAAAAAUCGCUUAAUAGUCCUAAAUAUCAAAAGAAAUCUUUAAGGCAUGUUGAUUCGGGCGAUAUUCCUUGGUGGUUGCAAGAUAACCCAACAGAAAUUCCUGAAGGUGUUAAAGUAUGGCAAGUAGCGACGCAAGAAAACGGGCAAUACACCAAAGAUGGUAGAAAUAUUUACAAAGUUCAAGGAGACGAUGAAAAAGUGUUUUGGUUCGAAGAAACCGAACAAAGUCUUUCUAAUUCUUCAAAUAAAUCCGGAAAAUUUAAAAUUAGAGUUUUAAAACAUGUAGAUUCCGGUGAUAGACCGUGGUGGUUAGAUGAAAGCGCUGAAGUACCUGAUGGAGUAAAAGUGUACCCUAAUUACAAACAGAUUGAAGAUGACGAUAAUGAUAAAGACGAUCGUAAACGAUGGUUUAUAGGAAGUAAUGAUGAGGACGAAGACGAAGUCGAUAAAGCGGAGGAUGAUAUCGAUGAACCGGAAUUUUUAAGAAAGCAUAAAAUAAGACACAUCGAUUCAGGUGAAAGAGCUUGGUGGUUAAAUAGUGUUGAAAAUUUAGUCGAUGAAACUAUUUCUGAUAGAAACUCUAACCAUCCAAACAUUAAUUCAAGUAUUAAUUCAAAAGGAAAAGAUUAUUGGUUGGAUAUCCAACAAGCAAAAAAACUCGAUGAUUCCGAUAACGAAUCCGUUUGUGAUUUACCUUUAGGUGAUAGAGCAAGUCCCGAAGGGCUUGAAAUGCCUAGAGAGGAAGAAAAUGAAGGAAGAUUAUCUCCGUAUGAUAACGUACCGAUUGAAAAAAAUAAAAAAUCGGGUGAUAUGAAAUUAUUUAUUUGUAAGCAUACAAAUAUUGAUGAUAUUUUGGGUGGUUCUGGGCAGUUACUGAGUCCGUUGAUGCAUCGAAUAUUUAGUUACCAAGAAGGAUAUAGUGAAGAUGGUGAGAAAUGCCGUGAAAUCGAUCCUGGUCAAGUACGGAUCCACGAUGGUUCACCACAAAGAGGGGUCGUUCAACCGGGAAGAUUAGACGUGAUCGGUGGAUCUAAAGAAUAUGGCAAGCUGGAUGAUGCUGCUUUACAACUAUACAAAGACGGCGAUUACGGUUCCUAUUUAGACUUGGAAGCUUCAAUAAGCGAACAACAAGAAGAAUUCGAAGGGUUCCAAUCAAAUAAGAAGAACUCGAUUGUUCUCAGAACGCAGCUGUCAGUGCGUGUCCACACCAUCAUAGAAAAACUUCUAACGUCAGAAGGCAGAGAACUUCGACGCGCGCUUUUUUCGUUGAAACAAAUUUUUCAAGAGGAUAAAGAUCUCGUACACGAAUUCGUACAGAACGAUGGAUUGGCUUGUCUCAUUAAAGUUGGAUCCGAAGCCGAUCAAAAUUAUCAAAAUUACAUUCUGCGUGCUUUGGGACAAGUUAUGUUGUACGUGGAUGGAAUGAAUGGAGUGAUGGAACAUAAUCAAACCAUUCAAUGGCUUUACACUUUAAUUUCGUCUAAAUUUAGAUUGGUUGUUAAAACAGCGUUAAAAUUAUUGUUGGUUUUUGUUGAAUACACCGAUACAAAUUGUAUGUUGUUAAUAAAGGCCAUUCAAACGGUUGAUUGCUCGCAAGGAUUGCAUCCUUGGUAUAACAUAAUGCGCUUACUGAAAGAUUUCGAUUCCGCAGACACCGAAUUACUCAUUUACGCAACCACUUUGAUUAAUAAAUGUUUAAACGGAGUCCCAGAUCAAGAUACUUACUACGAUCAAACCGAUGCUUUAGAAGAACAAGGAAUUGAGGCGAUUAUUAGAAGAUACAUGUCGAAACCAGGAACCGAUUUAGAUCUUUUACAACAAUUCCAAAUAUACGAGGCUGUGCUUCAAUACGAGGAUGGCGAAGAUAAAGGGACCCCGAUAAGACAUUUAGACGAAAACUUAAGAAAAACUUUAAGAAGUAGAAAAUCGGUUGUUGACUCCACCGAAAGAAGGAAAAGCAGGCGACACUCGACGGGGAAUACCCCAAUUCACUCCGCUUUAAUCACAAAUUCUAGAAACAAUAACAACACGAGUUUAAAUCAAACCAACGAGGAAGAAGACGACGAUGGAUCCUCUAGCUCUCAAUCCUCAGAUAUUAAUAAUUUAAAUCUUAAUGGAAGUUACAAAGAUUCAAAUAAAGCUGGUGAUGCCGGUGUUACCCCCGCUUUAAGGCGACGAAGAGAAAGAGCUGAAAGACAAAGAAGUUUUAUGAAAGAACAACAAGAAAAUGGGAGUUUAUUAAGAAAUUCAAUAACACCGGGAGAAAAUAACGUCGAAAAAGAAAAUGGAAACUGUAACAACACAAAUGGGAAUUUACAACAACGAUUAACAAACGGAAAUCACCACCAAUCAAAUCGAUUAUGUAGCAAACAAAAAGAUUUAACCCCGCUGUUAAACGCAGUAAAUAAAAUUGAAUCUGAAGAAAAUGGUCUUACUAAGCAACCAUGGAUCUUCUCGAGAAUGUAUAGUAAAUCCCUCGAUGAAGAAACUCCCCAAAUAGUCGACGAUAACCUCGAAAACACCACGAACGAACACGAUAGAACCCUCCGACUUCAAUUAAAAAAAGAAAACAAAGUUAAAGAUCUAACCCAACAAUUAUCAAGCCAAAACAUAAUCCACAGUCCCUCAGAAGAAAACAAAAUAAGUAGAAUCGGUGAUAUGUCAGGGCUAAUUUCAAAAGCCAAAGAAGGACUGGCGAAAUCAAAAUCACAAGCGAACGUAAUUAAAAGUCCCACUGUCGAGAAUAUCUCUAAACCGGAAGUGAAAAAAUCCGAAAAUGAAUUACGAUGGGAAGAGUUAGCUGCAAAUAUGAAUAGACCUCUUAGUUUAUGCGAUUUGGAUUUUCGAGAUUUAGUUACUGAUGAUGAAAAUGAUGUUUUAGCACCCGCGGCGAUUCAAAAUGGGAUUCCACCACCGCCUCCUCCUUUAUUGGGGGAUGUGGGAUCGGCUCCACCACCUCCACCAUUAAAUAAUAAUAGGGCACCACCGCCCAUUCCGCCCGUUUUUGGCGUGUCACUUCAAAAACAAAAUAAACCAAACGAAUCGAAAAUACCUUUAAAGAAAAAUAAGAAAACCGUGAAAUUGUUUUGGAAAGAAGUCAGAGACGAUCCUAUUUGCGCGAUGAAAUUGAAAUCGGGUUUCAUUUGGGAUGAAUUGGCAAACGUUCAAGUGGAUACGCAAAAAUUGGAACAUCUCUUUGAAUCGCGAGCCAAGGAUUUAAUAAAUAAGAAACAACAAGAAUUGAAUAAGAACAAAGAAAUAAUCGUAUUAGAUCCAAAACGUUCCAACGCUAUCAACAUCGGAAUGACCAAACUUCCGCAACCAAGAUCAAUAAAAACGGCAAUUUUAAAAAUGGAUGCUACCAUUAUGAAUAGGGAGGGAAUCGAAAAAUUAUUAACAAUGUUACCUACGGAAGAAGAAAGGACGAAAAUUCAAGAGGCUCAAGCUGCGAAUCCUGAUUUACCACUUGGAAGUGCGGAGCAAUUUUUGUUAACGUUAGCUUCAAUAUCCGAAUUACCUGCCAGAUUAAAAUUAUGGGCCUUUAAGUUAGAUUUUGAGAAUACCGAAAGAGAAAUUGCGGAACCAUUGAUGGAUUUAAAGCAAGGAUUUGAAGUUUUGCGUGUAAACAAAACGUUUAGAAGUAUUUUAAGUACUUUGUUAUCGAUAGGAAAUUUUUUGAACGGAAACGAAGUGAAAGGAUUUCAAAUUGAAUAUUUAUCUAAGGUGCCAGAGGUGAAGGACACUGUACAUAAACAUUCGUUACUUCACCAUCUUUGCCAUAUUGUUAUGGAAAAGUUUCCGGAUGCUUCUGAUUUAUAUUCAGAGAUUGGUGCUAUAACUCGUGCUUCUAAAGUAGAUUUCGACGAAUUAGCUUUAAAUAUUCAAAGAUUAGAAGCUGAUUGUAAAGCAUCUUGGGAUCACCUUAAACUGAUCGCGAAACACGAUGGCUCUAAUAUGAUGAAAAUUAAAAUGUCCGAUUUUUUGGCUGAUUGCGCUGAAAGAAUCAUUUUAUUAGGAAUUAUCCAUCGAAGAGUUAUGAAUCGAUUUCAUAAAUUUUUAUUAUUCUUAGGAAUCCCUCUGCAUCAAAUAGCCGAUACAAAACCAAAUGAAUUUUGUAGAAUUAUCUCCGAAUUUGCUUUAGAAUAUCGUACAACAAGAGAAAGAGUUUUACAACAAUUAGAAAAGAAAGCGAAUCAUCGCGAAAGAAAUAAAACUAGAGGAAAAAUGAUUACAGAGACGGGUAAAUUUCGUACAAAAGAAGAUAGAGCUGAUGCUGAACUUCGCCAACUACUCGGUAGUGAUAUUUCCGAUGUAGAAAGCCUUCAAGGAACACUAACUUGGAGAAGAACAAGGCGUGAGUCAAACCUGAAUAGAUCAUUUUUGGGCCAAGUUAAUGGAAAUAUUACGGAUGGUGAUGAUGAGAUUUUAGAGAGCUUGGUUAAGAACGCAACCAAAGGUCCAACAAGAACGGCACCGAGAGAAAGAAAAAGGACAAGACAUGCUGAUAGAAAAUCGCUGAGAAGAACUUUAAAAAAUGGUUUAUCUGAAGAAGAGAAAAAACAUUUAUCCGCAUACAUUAAGGGGUAUUGAAGAAAGGACUGUGGUGACGAACAACUACGAAUUAUACUUUUAGGUUCUUUUUUUCUAUUUCUAAUUUAUUUGUUAGUUUUUUUUUAAAGUGCAUCGUUAUGAUGUACCGUUGUAUACUGAUUUUAUUAUGUGAUACCCUAAACUAUCUCCUACUUAUUUUGUAAUUGUAGCAUUAACAUCAAAUUGGUACCUACUCUACAAUUACAAUUGCCUACAGUUUUGUUUUACUUCUCAAACUAUUUGUUUAUUAUUUAAAAUAUAGCGGCCGCCCUUUUCGAGUUUUGUUAAUGAUUUUUACGCGCUCGAUUUAUUAUUAUUAUUGUACAUUUUUACACUAAACUAUUUAGUAAAAGAGAGCUCUUGCGGUAUUUGAAA